GGAAAGAAUCCAUUCUUCUUUUACUUUCAUCCAACGCUCAUCAAUAUUCCCCAGAAUCUUGAUCAUGUACGAUCCGCAAAAUAUCCUAUGGCCAACCCCAUACCCGCAGUGGGGGCCACCCACGGUCCCGGAAAUCUGCCCUGAAGAUCCGGACGCCUACGCAAUCCAGCAGAACCCCCGGCGGCCCAAAACAAAAACCCCUCAGCAGAUUCUCCCGCUGAUCGCCUCAAUUCAUUCCUCGGCCGUCCAACCUCAACUCGAAAGCCCGUUAUUCCGGUUGCCUCUUGAGAUCCGUUAUGCGAUCUGGGCAUUGGUCACAGCUACUCAUCGCGACCCUGAUCGCCCCUACGACCGUCGAGGUCAUCUAUGGCGUCCCGACAAUACGGGUCCCUACCGUGUUCAUACACAAUUGCUCCGGACCUGCCGCGCUGUGUAUUCAGAGGCAUGGGACCUCCCACUGAAGCAGACUACGUUGGUCAUCUUCGAGGGCUCCGAGUGCGACCGACCAAAGUGGAAAUGGUGGUACCAGAACAAGCCUGGGAUUGCUCUCUUUCACCUGCAGUCCUGGCAGCUGCUGCUGCUCCAGCGAAUCGAGAUGACCUUUCAGCAGAUAAGACUGGACGGCGGUGGUGUUGGCGACUGGAUCCAAAAGUUCGCCAAGGCCAGGUCAUUGGCUACUGAGAACAUGGCACAACUUGCUCAGGAGAAAGAGACCAGCGUCCGGCAGGAUAUCAUUGACAGCAUCUUGGCAAGGCCGGUAUGCGAUAUAACGGUCAAGCUGAAUCCCCGUGACUGGUGGACUUGGACCGACGAACCACCCGUACUUAGUGAGGAACCAGGCGCAGCAGUCCGAGCCGAAAAACCGGGCCUCUGUCUAAGUGUCUUGAUCCCACCAGCAUGGACCGAACUUGCGGGGCUCUUCCGAAACGACUUCGUCUUUACACUCGUGCUUCAGACUUUUGGCGCCAAGCGGGCGCAGCUUGAACGUGUCGUAAACCUCGCCAAGGAGUGGCGAUUUCAAGCACCGCUUGGGACCGACGGUGGCAGCAGAAGGGAAAUGGUAUGGGAUGGGCUGGUUAGAGACGAAGGCUGGGAGCGCGAGCUGCCAGAGACAUUGGCGUGGAUGAGAAAGGAGCCGUGGAAGGAAGGGUCAAAGAAGGUCGAGGUGAUGAAGGUGAGGUAUGUUUUGAGAGACGUCUCCAAGUGAUACAUGCUUCAAGUUGAGAGAAACCAUGGAUUUUUUUUGAGCAUCUGCAAAGUUUAUUCGCGUCAAGUGAAGUAUCAAUAGACUUCCUCAUAGCUGCUUUCAGAGAUCUCAAAAUGUAGUGAGGGUCGUUUCGUCCCAGGAAAUGGCGUGUUCAUCACGAGUAGUCAAUUCUCUAGUUUGGCCACACCAACG